AUGGACUUGCCAGACAUGGACUUUGUGCCAGACAUAGAUUUGGCUGCAAUGGCAGGCGCCGUCGAAUCGGUGGCUGCGCGUGUGUUCUCGGCGUUCUUUUUCCAGUACCGGACGCUCAAGGUGGUCCAAAUCGGCAGCAGGAAAAUCGGAGUGCUCAACCGGACCGUACAGCUCGCCAUCAUGGCCUUCGUCAUAGGGUACGCUCUGCUCUACGAGAAAGGCUACCAGCGCUACAGUUCUUGCACGAGCGCCGUGACGGUGAAGGUGAAGGGGGCCCUGUCCACGGACUCCGUUCCCGAGGACGCCUUCAAGUCGUCCCUCGGGGACACGAGCCACUACCGCAGGGUGUGGGACAACGAAGACAUUGUCGUGCCGCCACACGACUCGAACCAGUUUUUCAUCACGACGAAUGUCAUACUGACACCGAAUCAAACGAUCAGCACCUGUCCUGAGGAGCUAAACAUCAAGCAGGCGCAAUGCAAAUCGGAGAACGACACCACAACUUGCAAGAAAGGCGCUUCUCUGAGGCGUGGGCACGGCGAGAUGACGGGACGGUGCGUGAGGGUGGCGUGCCGCGAUGAAGACCGAUACGUAUGCGAAAUACGCGGCUGGUGUCCUGUGGAAAAAGAUGUCCUCCCUCUGAAGAAUGGAACAGGACUCCUGACCAAAGCCCGUGAUUUCACAGUUUUCAUUAAAAACUACGUCCAGUUCCCGUUAUUCAAGGUGCGGAGGCGCAACAUCCCAGACCAGGUGAACGCGUCGUACCUGAGGUCCUGCACUUACGAGACCAGGAAAUCUCCUCUGUGCCCGAUUUUCCGCGUCGGUGACAUGGUCGAACGGGCUGGCGCCGACUUCGACAAGAUCGCGCGAAAGGGUGGGGUCAUACAGAUAAUGAUCAGCUGGGACUGCGACCUCGACUACGACCCCAAGCACUGCCUUCCCGAGUACUCCUUCCUCCGGCUGGACGACCCGGAUGCCAGGGUUGCGCAAGGCUUCAACUUCAGGUACGCCAAGUACUACAGCGACACCACCCGGAGCUUGGUCAAGGCGUACGGCAUCAACUUCGUCGUGCUGGUGCGAGGGGAGGGGAUAUGCCAGUGUUGCAGCACGUAA